CUCAUGCCAUUUGUGGACUAGUAUGAAUGAACUCAGCGGUCCUAAUGCGCAUCUGUCCUCGCCAUGAUACCUCGCGCACUUCUGUGUCAGGACAUUCGCCGUAGAGCCGGCUUCUCCGUGCGUCUCGCCGGGUCAAGCGUAUAUCACAUUCCACGUUUGGUGCUCCGCCUCAAAUUUGAAUGGCAGCUUGAUCCUUGUCCGACGAUGGCUGACCCGUUCCCGUUCCGUGUUUCCCACUGUACGCCAUCCUUCCUUUCCAUGCCUGUCCUGCAGCCACACUCGGAACUGCCGUCUCUCCCGCACAUCUACCGGGAUGAUAUCCGAUCGCGCGUGUUCACGCACCGGAGCUACUUUGGGAGGCCCGCUAAUGUGUUCGAGGACCCGAUCGAGGACCUGAGCCCGGAUAAUGAGAAGUGGGUGUGCGAUGGGAGAGCUGCGGUGGAGUGUGCUCAUGCAAUGCAGAUUGGAACAUCUGGGUGAUGCGGUACUGGGAUUUGUGACGACGAGCCUGAUCAUGGAGACGUAUCCGGGACUGCGAGUCGGGCCCUGCACGGCGAGUUUCGACCACACAUUCUUUCCUCCUAUGUCUGCUGAGAGAAGGGUUGCAGAAAGUGCGUUCGUUGAUUGUAGCGAACACGAAUCUGGCGGAUAUCUCUCUCAAGUACAAGCUACCGGAGAACCUGAUCGUGCAUCCCGCCCAAGCUGAUGCAUUGCGAGUGUCACCUAAAGUUCAAGCCGAUCUCUUUGAGUCGUUCAUCGGAGGAUUGUACCUCGAUCAAGGACUGGAGACGGUCCAAACCUGGCUGUUUGCUCUGUUACGGCCGUAUGCACGAGUCGCCUACCAAUCAGUCCGUCGCGAGCAUGGUCUCGUCACGCCUCCGGACUCCCCCACGGUGCCCACGAGUUCCCCCACGAGCCCUCUUCUCCAACCGUUGACACCCUCCGAAGUCAGCGGUUAUCUUUCGCGCUUCAACGAGCAUCUGCAGAAGACGAAUCGCCGUGUCGAAUGGACUUACUCGGCACGCGAUCCUUUCGGUGUGGAUCUUUCUUCGGGAAGUGGGGGGAAAGCUACACCGAUGUGGUUGGCGCAAGCUAUUGUGGACGGACAAGUGUAUGGAAGAGGAUUGGGUAAUACCAAGAAGGCCGCGAGAAACGAGACGGCGAAACAGAGCCUGGCCCUCCUUGGUGUCGUCUCUCUGUGAUCUUUCCAUCUCCAAUAUGUACCAGAUUGAUUUAUACGGACCGAUGUACUUGUAGUAUAUAUAUGUAUACAGAUUGCUUGUAAAUUCAAGUUGUAAUCAGGCAAGCCGAUCAUCGAGCCUGAUCACGUGCCUCCAAUUUUUUGCCUCGUCCUCCGUAGCCAUGCCUGAUUCUGAGCACACGCGACGAAAACCCACGUUCAGCACACUCGAGCGCGAGCACUCGUUCCGAAACCCGCCAACAGAAGGCUCAACACACAAAAUCCUGAAUGAGUUCGUGGCACCGCAUAUCGAGUCUUUCAACGCGCUCUUCGAUGAUUCGGGACUGCCCUCUGGAGACGGCGAUGGGCGGGGACUGAUCAGUCUCGGUUUGGAGGACAUAGGGGAGCGGGUUGUGUUUGAUGGGAACGGCAAAGCCGAUGAGCGGGGGUGGGGGAACCAGAUGCGAAUAUGGAUCGAAUCUGUCGCUGUUGCGCGCCCGAUGGUCCCCGAAAAGGACAGACACUCGACGAACCGAAAGGUGUUCCCUUCCGAAGCGCGAGAGCGGCUGACAUCCUACCGCGGGCGCAUGACCAUGAAGCUCUGCUGGACGGACCCGCAGGGGCAGCGACACGAGAUGCCGAAGGAGUGCGGACUGGUCCCGAUCAUGGUCCGCUCGACGCGCUGCAACCUCCGCGGGAUGUCGUCUGCCGAGCUCGUUCGGAAGCACGAGGAGGCAGAGGAGUUCGGCGGGUACUUCAUCAUCAACGGAAACGAGAGGCUCAUCCGAUACCUCAUUCUCCCCCGUCGAAAUCACGUCAUCUCCCUACUCCGACCUACGUUCGCUAAUCGGGGGCCGUCGUAUACACAGUACGCGGUCCAGAUUCGAUGUGUACGACCAGACCAGACUGCGGUCACCAACACACUGCACUACCUGUCGAACGGGAGCGCGAUGCUGAGGUUCAGCUGGCGGAAACAGGAAUACGUGAUCCCGAUCAUGCUGGUCUUGAAAGCGCUCUUCGGCGCAUCGGACAAGGAGAUCUUCGAGGGCGUAGUGAUGCAGGAUUACGACAACACUUUCCUCACGGAUCGGGUCGAGCUGUUGUUGCGGAGCUUCAAGAUGUUCACCCUCAGCACGGGGGAGCAGUGCUUGGAGUAUCUGGGAGACAAAUUCCGCGUCGUGCUUGGAACGCCUGAGAACUGGACCAACCAUGCUGUCGGCGCAUAUCUUAUCAACAAGAUGGUCCUCGUUCAUCUGCAAAAUCCUCGAGACAAGUACAGGAUGCUGUUGUUCAUGCUUCGGAAACUUUACUCGCUGGUUUCUGGUUCUUGUGCGGCAGACAAUCCCGACUCUCCCCAACAUCAAGAAGUGCUGCUACCCGGCCAACUGUAUGCUAUGAUUAUCAAAGAACGGUUGGAGGAAACUCUGAAUCAGGUCCGACUAAAUAUCAACAUCGAUGUUCGAAACGGCGUGACAGUGGAUUUCAAUGACAAGAAAUAUCUGCAAAAAGUCUUCAGCAAAGUCAACUUCGACAUUGGCUCUAAGCUGGCUAACUUCCUUGCGACGGGCAACCUCGUCUCGCCGACCGGCCUCGACCUGCAACAAGCCUCCGGGUUCACGAUUGUCGCGGAGAAACUCAACUGGCUGCGGUAUAUCAGUCAUUUCCGCUGCAUCCACCGCGGUGCCUUCUUCGCCGAACUCAAAACGACGACCGUCCGGAAACUGCUCCCCGAGGCAUGGGGAUUCCUGUGUCCGGUGCACACACCCGACGGCUCGCCCUGCGGGCUGCUCAACCACCUGUCGCGCACGUGUCGGAUCGUGACCGCUCCGCUGACGGUCGCGCACAUCCCCGCGCUGCUCGCGGCGCACGGGAUGACACAGGGGUUCUCUUCCGCCGCAGUCGACGGGACUAAGAAUGUAUGCGUGCAGCUCGAUGGGCGGGUGAUUGGGUGGGCGCGGCCGGCCGUGGCGGCGCAUCUGGCCACCGCGCUGCGGGUGUGGAAGACGGAGGGCCUCAAUCAGGUGCCGCUGGAUCUGGAGAUUGGUUUAGUGCCCGAGUCGCAUGGGGGCCAGUAUCCGGGUCUGUUCCUGUUCUCGACGCGCUCGCGGAUGAUGCGACCCGUGAAGUAUCUUGCGAACGGGCGGGAUGAUCAGGUUGGGCCGUUCGAACAGGUCUACAUGGAUAUCGCUUGCACGCCGGAGGAGAUCGAAGUGGGCGUGUCUUCCCAUGUCGAGCACAACGCGACCAACUUUUUGUCGAUAUUGGCUAAUCUGACGCCGUUUUCGGACUUUAAUCAGAGUCCGCGAAACAUUUACCAGUGUCAGAUGGGUAAACAGUCGAUGGGCACACCCUCGACGGCGCUGCAGCACCGGGCAGACAACAAGUUGUAUCGACUGCAAACAGGCCAGAGCCCUGUCGUCCGGCCCGCUCUGCACAACACCUAUGCCAUGGACGCCUUCCCGAACGGGACCAACGCCGUGGUCGCUGUCAUCUCCUACACAGGGUACGACAUGGAAGACGCCAUGAUCUUGAACAAGUCUGCGCACGAGCGGGGCUUCGGCUACGGGACCGUCUACAAGUCGCAGAUCGUCGAUCUCCGCGACAUGCACGGGGCUGCGAAGACGAGUGCGCCGACGCUGCAUUUCGGGCUGGGCCGCGACAUCCAGCGCCGAGGCGAGCGUGCGCACCACUGCCUCGACUUUCUGGACACGGACGGGCUGCCCUUCGUAGGCACGAAGCUCGACUCGGGGGACCCAAUUGCCGCGUAUAUUGACGACACGACGGGUCGGACGCGCUUUGUGAAGUACAAGGGCGGGGAGCAGGGCCUGGUCGACCAGGUGCGGCUGCUGGGGUCGGAUGCCGGGGACUCGGAGUUGCAGAAGAUCCAGAUCACGCUGCGGAUAACGCGGUCGCCCGUAAUUGGCGACAAGUUCUCAUCGCGGCACGGGCAAAAGGGUGUUUGUUCGCAGAAGUGGCCCGCGGUGGACAUGCCGUUCAGCGAGAGCGGAAUGCAGCCGGACGUGAUCAUCAACCCGCACGCGUUCCCUAGUCGAAUGACGAUCGGGAUGUUGGUGGAGAGCAUGGCGGGCAAGUCCGGUGCGAUGCAUGGUCUGGCGCAGGAUGCGACACCCUUCAAAUUCACAGAAGAGGACACGGCGGUCGACUACUUUGGAAAACAGCUGCUCGCGGCGGGAUACAACUACUACGGGAGCGAGCCGAUGUACUCGGGGAUCACGGGCCAGGAGUUCGCGGCGGACAUCUACCUCGGCGUCGUCUACUACCAGCGCCUGCGCCACAUGGUGCUCGACAAGUUCCAGGUGCGGACGACGGGGCCGGUCGACCCGGUGACGCGCCAGCCCGUCAAGGGGCGCAAACGUGCUGGUGGAAUCCGGUUCGGCGAGAUGGAGCGCGAUGCACUGAUCGCGCACGGAACGUCGUUCCUGCUCCAGGACCGGCUGAUGAACUGCUCCGACUACUCGACCGCCUGGGUGUGCCGCACGUGCGGCAGCCUCAUCUCGCUCGGCUACGAGGACGUCUCGCUUGGGGCGUCGGGGCGGCCAUCGGGCCCUGGCGGGGAGUACUGCCGUGUCUGUCGGGCCGCGGCGGACCAGCAGGAUGAGCGGGAGCGAGCGGCGCUGGCUGCUGGACGCCCGGCUGCGACGCCCCCGGGUGCCGAUCUGCGCGUCUCGAUAUCGUCGCAGCACGUUCUCGGCACGGGAAAGGGCGGGGAUCUGGACGUCGUUGCAGUCCCGUACGUCUUCCGCUAUCUUUGUGCAGAGCUCGCGUCCAUGGGAAUUGCCGUCUCUCUUGCUGUAUCCUAGAAGCUAUCAUUCAAAAUCGCACAUGUAUAUAUCUACUUAUCGCAGCAUUCAGCGUUACUUUGAGAUGCGCGAUUGAUUUUGGUCGAGUCCACGGCACAUCCCAGAGGCGGCAAUUUCCGGAUGAUAGUACCGUGCCUCUUAUGACCAAAGCGUAGAGGGUUGCUACACUCUUCCUCGGAUUCGCUAAAGUGGCCAGCAAGUAGUUGCGUAAAUACGAAACCGCGGCGGCCGAUUAAAUCAUACAUUGCGCAGCAAUCUCUUCUGUUCCAACUAGGGCAAAUGGCAAUCAGUUCAAUUGGCUGCGCUUACGAGAGUUUGUCUCUCCAAAACUCCUGCAGCUCUGACAUCCACUGAUACAAAAAGGCCUAUAUUGUUUUUCACUCGCUAUGUGUCGUUUUGAAUGACAAGAAUAUUCCGUUCCAUCGAAGAAGCACACUGUGGAUAAUUAGAUCCGCUUUCAAUACGGAUAAAGUGGCAAGACGCAUCACAUUUGUCGACAAGGGCUGGUUAAUAUUCUUGGCCCUCGAGUCUCACAAAGGCUGUUCCUUCUCUCACUCCACAGCGUUACGAGAAAUAUGGAGCCGCUUCUCAGUAUCGUUUCGCCUUACACGGGCACAGCAAUCCGGGGCACGUCGUGCGCAAUAUGGCUCUGUUCGCCUCCAGCCAGCGGAGACCGGCGUAAUCGCGCGUGCUAUGGCAACCGCAGUGGUGUCGCACCCCCAUUCCAGGAUCCCCGCUUCGGUAAUGAGACUGGAAGGGAUGUGCCGAGCUCGCCGGCGCUGUGCGUGGUAUUCAGUGGUGGAUUUUGCAAGGUGGUAUCGGUGUGUUAGUGCGGGGGAAUCCGUCGCUGCAGGACGAGGUCAGCGAGGGUUUAAAAGCUGCAGAGGCCGCGCAGAGAAUACUCCAAGGUCGAAUCAACCUCAGCGUCCUUUGAAUCCUCGACUCGAAUAUGCGCUUCCAAACCCUGACUACCCUUGUUCUGGCUGUCUUUGCCGUUGGCGUCGCGGCGGUGCGUGUCGCACAGAGUCGCAUAUGAUAUUCGAGAUCGCUGAUAAUGUGGACAUUGGCUGCUGCAGGCCCCGACCCCCAGCACCGAGCAGUUGGAAAAGAAGAACUACGGCCACGAGAACGGCGACCACGGCAAAGGUCACGGCGAAGGUCACGGCCACGGCAACGGGUAUGGAGGCGGGAACAGCAACCACCGGGGCGGCGGCGGCGGCGGCUACUACCCGGUCUGCCUCAUUUUCACCGCGUUUGUGCGCCUCUUGCCCGUCUAAACUGACGACGGGCCCCAACAGCUAGCUGAGAGACGCUUUGGCCCCGGGCCGGCAGAGGGCCCUGGCUAUGGCGGCGGACAGCACGGCCACCAGGGCGGGCACGGCGACCACGGAUACGACGGAGGGUACGGUCACAACGGAGGUCACCACGGAGGCCAUUACGCUGUGCGUCGGUUUCGUCGACUCGUCAGAUAGCCUGGCUGACGGUUCUGCAGCUCGAAAAGAAGGGAUUCGGAUACGAACACGGUGGCGAGGGGCACCACGGCGGUCAGGGAUAUGGUGGCGGUCAUGACGAGCACCACGGUGGCCACUACUAUGCUGUGCGAGACGGUUGGCGUUCUUUGAACCGUGAUCUGACGAUAGCGCAGCUCGAAAAGAAAGGCUUUGGUUACGGACACGGUGGCGAAGGUCAUCAGGGAGGUCACGGAUACGGUGGCGGUCACAACGGCCACCACGGUGGCCACUACUAUGCUCUCGAGAAGAAGGGGUAUAGCCACGAGUACGAGCACGAGCACGGUGGCUACGGCGGAGACCGCGACGGUCACGGGCAUGGCGGACACAACAACUACGCCCUGGCCAAGAAGGGUUUGCUGCUCCCGAUCUUUGGGAACGGACAUGACGGAUACGGGCAUGGGCACGAGGACCACGGCUACGGUCACGGACACCCCGGCUACGGAAACGGGGGCCACAAAGGAUCUUACGCGAAGAAGGACGAGAUCCCGGCCGAGACCGCUGUCUCUUCGGUCAAGGGAAACAUCGUGCCCUACUGAGUCUCCAAGAUGCGUCCUCCGAUUCGGCAUGCGUCAAAGUAAAGGGAUGAGAAUAAAGAAUUAGUCAAUUUGUACCACCACUGGCUGUGUUUAGGAAUCCACGUUUGCAUAUUACUUACUAUCAGCUCACCAACAAACAAUUCAGCCAAACGACUAUCCGAGUCGCUCGCAUAUAUCCAGUCCUCUGACUCCUCUCGAGAUAAAACAAUCACCCAGUCAGCUAUUUACACGCUGCAGAUCGUUUUAUUCGGGUACUUUAUCUCCCCGCAGACUGUGUGAUUUAAAGAUGCUGAUAAAUAGAUCACACGCAGGCACCCCUCCGGCACGACACGCGAGCGAACGUGACCUCACCCACGGACUCCCAGCGAAAACCGCAGGUCCGAGACCUCGAUCGUCGAAAUGUCCCGCACCGGCACGUCCGUCGUGAUCUCCUUGAUAUUCAGCAGCACGCGCGCGCCGAUCAGCGCCAUGAUCACCGUCCCCGGGCUGCCCAAUGUGUGCAGUACGUCAGUCGUCCAGAUCCAUCAAGAGCAGCACACCACACCACACGACGUACAUGACGGGUACCUGUGCAAGAGUGGGCCGCGCAUCGCGCCACAGCACGAGCUCGACUGUGCCGACCACUGCAGAUACCUGUGAGCUGGGGCGUCGAUGUGCGCGAUAGGAUAGGGAUGCACAUAACAGGGAGAUGAACCAGAACACGCCGUCCCGCAGGAAGAGCGCCAUCACGGGGGUGUGGCGCCAGCCGAGUGUGGAGAUCGUCGAGCGGCAUUGGAGCAUGGUCAUGAUGAACAUGGUCAAUCCCUCCGGAACGUCUCAGAGCCCGGAUUUUGUCGCAAAGAGAGAGUAUGCGCACGAUGACGUAGGGUGGCAGCGCAUAGAACGUGAAUAGCCGAGGGACCUCUGCCAUACACACAGCCUUGCAAGACAGGGCUAUGGGACACUAUGAGAUCGCUGAUUAUCGCUCAGAAAAACAAGGGAGGACCCAAGGUGGGCAUAUGCUGUUUGAAACUCAGCAGGCGGCACGUGGAGCAAGUGGGAUUGAAGGUACGUACCAGUCAGUGGCCUAAUUGUGUGAUAUCCCAACAACGACCUACAGGGUAUUCAGCACCAAGUUCG